UUUUGCUACAUGCAUGUAGAGAAAUCUUCUUCUAUAGAAUUUAUUGUCUCCUGUUUUUUAUGCACCUUUUGUAUUUUUUGCUCAUUAUAGUUCAUUGUCAUUUGCAGUAUCUAAUUUAAUGUUUGAUUGUUUUUCUGUUUCUUAAUGUCUGACAAGUCCAUUGUGUCAGCAUUCUUUAGUCAAUGUUAAAAAAUAUCUCCGUAUUUAACUAAUUUUAUUUUUGGUGUUAUUAAAUUAUAGAUUCAAUAAUGAAUAAUUCAAACUUCUUGAGGCAUUCCCAUGCCAUUCAAUCUGAAAGUUAUAUGGCAUACCUCGAAAUAACUGUCAAUACAUUAAUCAUGGUCUUUGCCGUGUUCGGUAAUUUACUGAUUAUCCUGAGCAUUGUAAAGAAUAAGAGAAUUCGGAAUACUUUUUCCAAUGUUUUGGUUUUAAAUGUAGCAUUUAGUGACAUUAUAUUGGUUCUUUCAAGUAUUCCAACAGAUAUGGCAAUUGAAGACCUUGGUUACUUUCCAUUUGGUAGCGUUGGUUGCAAGCUUAUCAAUCCACUUUCCACGUACAGCAUCAAUGUUAUGGCAAUGUUGUUAGUUUUCAUUGCUAUUGAAAGAUUUCUUGCAAUUGUGUUCUCUGUUUCGCCCACGAGCUGGAAAAAGACUAAAAUAUCAGCCCUUAUAGCUACACACGUGAUUGCUAUAGGUACAAUUAUACGAUAUAGUAGAAUGAGUGUACUAAUGAACGAGACAGGAACACCAUACUGCAAGGAAUCGUGGAGUCAUACAUCAAGUCGGGCCUAUACUGUGUUUCUAUUUUUGAUUCAAUUUGCGAUUCCUUUGCCGAUCAUAGUUCUCCUUUAUUGCAUGUCAUGGCGAGUAAUUCAGAAAAACAACAAGGAAACAAUUCGAGUAAUGAGCAAAUUAUUACAAAACGAAUCUAACAGGUCCAGUCAAGAAGAGAAAAAGCAAUUCAGAAAAAGUAGAUUUAGCGUCUUUUUCCACCGUAAAAGCGAAACAUAUUUGAAUGCAUCCUCCAUUGCUCGACACAAGCAAACAAUGCAAACGCUAAAAAUGUUUACAGCUGUUGUAGUGAUUUUUGCUAUUUGUAUGAUGCCCAAUCAAAUUACAUGGUUUUACAUGUCAUUUCGUCCCAGUCCUCUAAAUUUAAUUGUAGAAAAGUUUUUUUACUGGUUAACGUAUUCGAACGCUGUUUUAAAUCCAUGGAUAUAUGCUGGCUUUAAUCCACAUUUCAAGAACGCUUACAAAGCUACUAUUAAAAGAUUUAUUACCAACUGCUCUAAAUAUUGCAAGAAAAGUUUUUCUGAAUCAUCCUCACCACAUGAUUCACCCAGUACAACAGUGCAAGAUGAUGUCCUGCUUUCUGGGUCAUGCUCAUCGCCUUUACCAAAUAGACAACACUUAAGUAUCUUCACCUAUACCGAAUCAACCAAUCAAAUACAAGACUGUGUUACUGAAUCAGCAGAGUAUACAUCUGUAGAUGAUAUUGAUAAGUUCAAGUAUUCUGUGUCAUUUGAAAAAGUUUGCAGUAACGGGGUAGAAAUUAGCCGAUCAUUUUUUGAUAUUUUUGUACAAGCAAAUGAAACGGAUUGUUGAAAGUUGGAAAAAUUUGAAAUUUGUAAUAUAAACUGUUUCCGUUUUGAACAAAAUUUAUUAUCAUUUAAUAUUAGCAAAUAUUAAAAUUAAUCUCUUACUUUUGAUGUUACUAUGCUAAAAUAUAACGUAUUUGCAAUAUUUAGAGUUUCCUAAAAUAUAAAUCGAGUUUGGAAAACCAUUUCUAACAGAAGUUGCGGCUGGAGCAACUCAACUGUCUAUUCCGAAGCAAAAGUUUUGCUUAUGUUAAAAAAGAAGAGCUGGUCCACUGCGGCUGUUUACCAGCGCGUUUAAGAUUUUGUUGGUAGCCUCGAAAAAAUUAGGAGUUAGGGGAUAUGAUAAUGUAUGACCUAUACUAAGUAAACGUUCGCGGAGGUACACCAAUGACUGAAAAAAAUUGUUUACGAAUUUAGGUUAUGUUUCUAAAAGUACCAAAAACGACUAGUCUAUAUAUACAUGUCUUGAAAUAAGAAGAGCUAAGACGUGUCUUUCCAAAUAUAAUGGUAAUUUCUGGUGUACUAUAUUUGGUAGCUUUCAUUUAGCAAUGAAACUCCAAUUAAAAACGUUUUUACUAUUUUUUGCGUGUAACUUUGCCGCAUUAACAUUUUAUAAUACUUUUUUUAAUAGAGUAUAACGUAUAACAGACUAGCUGGCAUGAAAUAUUAAACAAAUGUUCAUUGA